AUGGAGAAAACGGCGUGGCAGAACCGAUCUUUCGAUCUCCUCUACACAGGAAGCGAAGCCACAGCACCUGGCCAGCACGGACGGGACAUGGCAAACCCUGAAAUAUGCAUCUCGCUGGACGGGGUGGCGGGAUGGAACAAGAAGCCAUGCGCGGUCGUGGCGAACUCUGCAAUCUGCCUCUCACUGGACAAGACGGCGGGGUGGAAAAAGCCAUGGUGCGCUCGAGACGAGAGAAGACUGCAACAUACAAAAGGAAGCCGUGCAGGAUCUAUAGAGAGGGAGGUGUACGCGGAGCCGAUACACAAGAGACAGGCGACAAAAAUAAACCCGCCAAACAAGUUCCAGAAAGUUCGUGCGGCACCUCGCUCGGGCAGCCCACCAGGAUCAAACCCCUGUACAGUACACAGUACACACGCAGGCGCGCACACCACUUUCCUCACAGCAGCCAGCAAGGCCGACCCCGCCGCCACCCGCAGUCCGCCGCCUAUGGACAGCCCUCGCGCCGGCGUCCACGGAGAGGGCGACCACUCGCCGUCGCCGGAGUCGGCGAGGAUGCUGCACGAGAUGGCGCUCCGGGAGGGAGGAGAGGUCGAUCUGACGGACGAGCAGCUGCGCUCCAACGACCAGCUCCAGCGAGACGAGAUGCUGGCACUGGAGGCAAUUUAUGGUGAGAAUGUUGAAGUUUUUGGUGAAACGUCUGCACCUCGGUCUUUCCAGAUCCAUGUGCAUUGUGAAAUUCCAGAUGGUAUCAGUGUGUCUGCAGAACUUCUCCAGGGUGUUGAUGAUUACCCAAACAACUGGCUCACAUUCAGUGUCGAACACUUGGCUCCAAUGUCACUGACAUGCCUUAUGCCUCCAUCAUACCCGAGUCAUCAACCUCCAUACUUUACUCUCGGUAUACAAUGGUUGGAUCGUGCCAAGGUUUCCUCCCUUUGUCACAUGCUCGACACCAUUUGGGCGCAGCAACCUGGACAGGAAGUUGUUUUUGAGUGGGUGCAAUGGCUGCAGAGCUCUAUGCUUUCUCAUCUUGGUUUUGAUGGAAGAAUAAUCAUACGACAGUCUGAUAGGAUGAUGGAUCAUGUGGAUGUUCGGGCUGUUGGAGAUAUUCUUUCUGUGGAGGAGAUUGUUGAACAUUUGAUCAGCUACAAUGAAGAGCAAUGCCAUGAAUCAUUUCUCCGUGGCAUCCAUGUCUGCACGAUUUGUUUGCAUGAGUACACAGGCAUUGACUUCAUAAAACUUCCAUGCCGUCAUUACUUCUGCCGGAGGUGCAUGGAGACAUACUCAAAGAUGCAUGUCAAGGAAGGAUCGGUCCUGAAAUUGGUGUGUCCUGAUGACAAAUGCGGAGGCAUUGUUCCUCCUAAUCUUUUGAAGAGGUUGCUAGGAGAUGCAUAUUUUGAACGGUGGGAAAGAUUGAUACUUCAGAAGACUCUAGACUCAAUGACUGAUCUUUCUUACUGUCCAAGAUGUGAAACACCUUGCCUGGAAGAUGAUGACACUGCCCAGUGUUCGAACUGCCACUUCAGCUUCUGCACCCGCUGCAGAGAUCGCCGUCACAUAGGGACAAGGUGCUUUACUCAAGAAGAAAAACUUCUUUCCUUACAGGGGCGUGGAAAUGUACCCAACUUAAGCAAAGGGAAUGCUGGACGCAAAAUUAGCGCGGAUGAGAUAUUUAGCAUCAAGGAAAUACUCCGUUCUUGUGUUGCAUGUCCGCAUUGUGGCUUUGCCAUCUCACGCGCGUCAGGCUGCAACCACAUUCUUUGCAGGAACUGCGAUAAGUCAUUCUGUUAUAGCUGUGGCAAGGCGCUAAAUGAAGAUCAUACGAGUGAACAAUGUAAGAUUGAUAGAGAGAAGCUGAGAGUGAAUGUGGAGGUGAAUGAUGUCGUCAAAAAGAUGCAGAAAGACCUGAGGUUGACCCUAUCCAGAGCACAUCCAUGCUCGAACUGCCACCAGCCAAAUUUCAAGGUUGGUAACAACAACCAUAUCUUCUGUGGAACAUGCCAAGUUCACUACUGUGCUCUGUGCCAGAAGAGGGUGUAUAAGAGCACGGAGCACUAUGGCCCCCGAGGGUGCAAGCAGCACACCUCUGAUCUUGAUUUUGUUUAAACUGGACUAAGAAGAGUGAUGCUUGUGAAUCAGAAUCCUUUUGAGAUAGAUGAUCCAAGGGCGAGCACUGGUUUCGGCUGCGGUGAACAGGAUUAGUCCUGCACAGUUACAGCUAUAUACGCAGUUUCAAAUAGCAUUAACAGUCACAUCUAGCACUCCUUUUGUUUUGCCGAGCAUUUUUUUUCGGAUAUUGCUGAACAACUGACACUGGAGAUCAUUCUAGUUUUAAGGGGUGGAGCAUCAGUUAUGUGGAAGACCUUUAUAACUGCAAAGCUUGCUGGAUUCAGUACAACAUGGUGUUUCUAAGCAUUAUGCCCGCGACACUUUUUUUUUUUAUCAUGAACAAUGAAAAACUAGGCGCUGCUUCCUUUGAUGCUGUUAAUCACUUGUUAUUGGAAUCGCUGAACUGUAAGCAUACUUUCUCUUGGUGUUGCUGAUAUCAAUGGCCCUCCGUAGGCACGGGAUCA